CGCAAGGAUGUUGGAGUUGCCUAACUAUAACAGGUGUGUGGUUGGGCUAACGAACCAAUAGGAGUGGCUCUAAACCAACACAGGAUGCGCUUGAACAUUGCCCUGCAACUGCACAGACAACUGUCAUACAACCGGAAAAGGAGUUAACUUGAAGGCGCUGGAAAUAUUUAUCUUAUGAUUACAACAACGAUGCCUGCCACCUAUAAGAAGUGUUUUGGUCUGCUUUUGAUCGGGGGACUGUUGCUAUUCCUUUUUUUUGCUUGGAGCCCUGGGACCAGCUCAGGAGUUGACAUACAGCGAAGACAGGGGGGUCUAAUACAGAAACUCCUCCAAGGGAAAAUCCAAGAGACACUCAGUGGCUACAAUGACAUUGCCUACCAUAUAAAGGAAGAUGUGGCAAGUCAUUUGGCUCAAAAUACAUGUAUGUGCCAGGCUGAUGAGGAGACCUUUCAGCUGCCAUUCUCCAAUCUACUGUUCCCACGUGUGUGGGCCCACAGCAUUGAUCUUGCGUUCUUAGAGUCUCAUCCUGACCCAAAAGGUGUGAAGCAUCACAGAGCUCAGGAGUACCGCAGCUUUCAGAAGAGGUCUUACAAUCCUGCAGAUGAGCUUAUUGUAGCUGAGGCCAACAGUCCUCUUCAGUAUCCCACCCAGGGCGUGGAGGUGCGACCCCUCAAAACGAUCAUUAUUCCUGGUUUGGGUCUUAAAGAAGAAACAGGAUCCAACCAUUUGGUUUAUUUGACAGCAACAUUGGGGACUUUUGAUGUUGCUGCUACAGUGGACAGGGUCUCUAUUAAAGGAGAAGGAGAGAAGCACAUGAUACUUUCUAGUCCUCUUCUCUCCGCUCUGAACAGGCAGCUGGAGUUCGUCACCUAUACAAACACUGUUUUUCAUCCCAAGACAGCAGAUACAGUUCAGUUUGCUACUGACGUUCACCAGUCAUUUUUCACUAUUAAAGUUGGACAUGGAACCAUACCUAAACUUUACAACUCUGGAUAUCAAGAAGAGUACAAUAUUAGUGCUCUUGUUACCAUUGCCACCAAGACCUUUCUACGCUAUGACAAACUCAAAGACCUCAUUGACAGCAUUCGGCAAUAUUAUCCCACCGUAACGAUAGUGAUAGCAGAUGAUAAUGAACACCCACAGUCAGUGACCGGGCCUCACAUUGAACAUUACAUCAUGCCAUUUGAAAAGGGUUGGUUUGCAGGAAGAAACCUGGCAGUGUCUCAAGUGACAACCAAGUAUGUGCUCUGGGUGGAUGAUGAUUUCAUCUUCACUGCAAACACCAAGGUGGAGAGGAUGGUGGACAUCUUAGAAAAGACCACUCUGGAUCUGGUCGGUGGUGCAGUGAGAGAGGUGACCGGUUACACUGCAACUUAUCGUCACACCAUUUCAGUGGAAGAAGGGGGGGAGGAUGGUGACUGUUUACAUAUCAGAAAUGGCUACUACCAUGUCAUCGAUGGAUUUCCCAACUGUGUGGUAGCUGAUGCAGUCAUCAACUUCUUCCUAGGAAGGACAAGCAAGGUGCAGCAAGUAGGAUUUAACCCCCGCCUGGCCCGGCACGGUCAUCUAGAGUUUUUCAUCGAUGCUCUGGGCUCCCUCCACGUUGGCUCCUGUAGUGACAUCAUUGUAAGCCACGCAUCAAAGAUCAUUCUACCCUGGAGUAAAACAGACUCACAAAAGGCUUAUGACAAAUUUCGCUAUUCAUCUUCCAGUGCUGAUAAUGACAUUCAUAAGGAAGACUUCUACUUCAAGAACAGGUUCAAGUGCAUGACCAGUCACUGAAACAAAUGCUAUUUGUUUAGCUACACCUGAUAUGUGUCAUGUGACAUGUUGCACGGCACUGGCAACAACUCAACAUAUAUGUUAUGCCACUGAAAGGCUUAUUAAUCAUAUUCAUUGUCUUCCCAAAAUCAAACAUGGCUCAUGUAUUUAUCAUGUUAUUUUACUCAGGUAACAUGGAUGUUUAUAACAUGUUUUGAAUGUAUUGUGACUGUAUUUGUGCACUCUAGGUGUAAAAAUGAAAAUGUGAUGUCUUGCUGGGCAAGUAAACUAAAUAUAAAUUAUACUGUUGUAGUAUAUAUUGAGUUAUUAACUUUUGUUAGGCUUGUACUUUAGGUAAUACAAGUGAGGAUAUAAUACAGCUUAUCAUUUAAGGUUAAUUUAUUGUCUUUCUACAACACAGGGUUGCAUUAGAUAACGAAAACAAUUGAGGCCUAAUCCAUUUAUGAUACACAAUAAAAAAUAUUCGACUUUGCAUUAGCCAACUGUCACCAGAAAGUCACUUGACCCAUUGUUCUAAAAACAGUUGUAAUUCCAAUGUUUCACCACAAGAUGGAAACAAAAGAUCAGAGAAUAAUGCCACACAAGUUGAAUGAUUUUCUACCCUAACAUUUGUAUCAUCAUAAGUAGUAUACUAUUUCUACUAGUGGUAUCAGAAGAAUAAGUACAAGCAGUAUUAGUAUUUUCAUACUAAUUAUGAACCCACAUGGUUAGAUUAGAGUGCCUGUGUUUUCCAGUACAUCUCAAUGCAUGCUGUUUUCUGCUGUUUCUGUAUUGUUAUUUAUUGCAUUAAUAAGAACUAAUAUAAAUAACUUCAUGUUGUAUCCUUUCAUAAAAAAUAUUCCACUUUUUUCAUAUAGGUAAAUAUUAGUUUCAGUCAGUCAUUCAGUCACUGGUCUUCCUGGAAGAGUUUGCCGGGUUACUUUUUGAAUAUGUUUGUGUACAUGUUAGUAGGUCUGCCGGUAGAAUCUGGCUUAGUAAACAUUUGGCCAGAGCCUUGUGUACCAUGUUCUAAUUGAAGUGGACUACUUCCUGCCAAUUAGUGAAACACUCCUUGAGCUUUAAAGAGAAAACCCAAAGGGUACAGUGUCUAGAGGCCUCUUUGAAAUAUGCACUGGAAAAAAUUAAUAACUUGGCUAUCCAACAUCAAGCAAGGAAAUAAUUAGGUUUUUUUUCCUUUUUCAUCCUGGGUUUGAACUCACACUGCAUAUAGUUUUAUCAGGUCAAGGUAACAGGAUUACCAUGAGUAGCAGUGGAGGAAAACCUUUAACUGUUGGACAGCAGAGGACAGCAUGGCGGUGAGCAAAGACAUCACUUACAAACAAUGUUAUGGCAUUUACAACUACUGGUCACACAUAUCUUGCACAUCUUUAAGAAGGUUUAGUCAGACUUUGUUUAUAAUGUUUGAGCUUUUUGUAAAAAGUGGUAAAACAGGCAGGAUCAAAAAGUUGCAUCUAAAUGAAUUUUUAAGUUUAAAUGAAAAUAUAUAUGAAUUGACACCAGUGUAGCUUGUAUGAUGCAUGUUGAAUAAACCAUAAUUCUGUAGGACUAAUGACCUGCGUCCUACUUUCCCAAUUUGUGCCCUGGUAAAAAUAAAAGCCAUUGUCUU